UGUCGGUUCAUGUCCCGGUUGUUGUGCAAAUAAGAGACGCAUGUAUGUACCGCUGCUGAUGGAGGGAAGGAUGUUUAAAAUAGAAGAGCUUAAGGUGUUCGUCAACGAGCGGCUACAUGUCGCAGCUGCUGAAAUAUUAGGUGUUGUUGAAAAAACCAUAGCCGAUUAUGAAGAGCAGGCUUCCCGUUUGAAGCGAGAAAGCGACCGGCAGCGAGCCCUGCUAAAUAUUGUCCUGAGACCUAGGUUACCACAGAGAGAAGCUGGUCACAUCAGCACCGCUUCUACCACAAGCACCAACACCGCUACGGCUCCAGCUGUUGCUGCCCCAGUCCCAGUGGGUGUAAGCCAUACACGCAGGGCCAACGGAAGCCCCUGCUAUUCCACAGAGUUGUGCUGUGCAUUCACGUCACGCACAAACUUCCUGAAAUUUGCUGCUAAUGGCAACUGUCCAUACUGCUUCAAAAGAACGGUGGCCACUGAGACGCAUCUGAUCAAAAAGCAUUAUUUAUUUGCCAUUCACUACACUGAGAACGGAAUUGGAAAAUUUAUUGUGCCGUGUACAUGCAAAGACAGGAUUCAGGGCAGAAGUCAUUGGCACUGUCCAAACUGCAGCAAGAUAAUCCAUCGGAAACACAACUUCGAGGUGCACCUGUAUAAGCAACAUGGUUAUGUAAUACAGCAGCAAAUCCAAGAAGGCACGGACGUACAUCAACCCUCUGUCUCCGUCUAUGAGGAAGAGGAGGAGGUUCCCCCUGAAGCCUGGUGUGAGCAGGAGUUCAGCAGUUUGGUCAAGGAGGACCAACAGCCCUCUCUGCCACUUGCCGUUAAAGAAGAACAGGAGGAACUGUGGGUUAGCCGAGGGGAAAAACAUUCUCCAGUGAUACGUCCUGAGUGGCCGAGCCUAGAGCAUCUGCAGAUCAAAGAGGAGCAGAUAGAAGCAUGUUAUGGUCAAGCAGGAAAGUCACUUCAAAGUCUGCAAGAGGAUCUUGCCAAAAACUCUUUAUUCACCAUUGCCUGUGUGGAAAGCCUUCUUCAGGAUUCAGCAUUGGCCAUCCAUUGCGGGCAAAUUGAUAAUAGGGAAAGCAGCGAGCACCGCCCUCUUCCUACUUCUUCAGCUGAAGCAGUGGACCCUCAGAUUGAUAGAGGGUUGGAGAGUCAAGUGUCGGAACCAGCUGGUAAAUCCUGGCUUCCUGGUGGAGACUGUACUGUAUCUGAGAAUGGAAUAAGGAGCAUGGAUGAGGCCACAAGGAAGAGCGGUGGAUCUGGAACGGGUUUAAAGACACUCAUGUCGAAGAAGGCAAAACUAGUGAAAAGACAUCGUUACUGCAUCAGUAUGAAAAAAACAAAAUCUGUGCGGUUGUCUGCCUGGCAAAGACCUACUGGUCCUCAUUGUUGUAAAGCAUGUGGAAAGUCUUUUCACUAUAUAUACACACUAAGGGCGCAUGCUCAAACACACACUGUGGAUAAACUGCAGAUUUGUGGGUUGUGUGGAAAACAUUUAGAGUCAACACAGAGAUUAAUCCAACACCUACGGACACACGUAGAGACAAACAAAAGUUAUAAAUGUGGCAAAUGCUUCUCCAGUAAUUUUCUGAAACUGCACAGGAGUUUUCACAAACUAAAGAAUCCAGAUGUCAUUCAGUGAUAAGAAUAGAUCUUAAUAGAUGGGAGAAACCUCACAGUUGUCAGGAAUGUGACAAGACCUGCUGCUAGUCUUGGAAUCUGGCGAACCCAUUCAUAAACCAGAAAAGAAACCGGUCCAGUGGACCAGUUGACAGCCAUGCAUGUAGAAUGCAGGGCUGAAAAUACACUGGAGAAACUCUAUGGUUGCACAGCUUAAAAUAAGGGAUAUUUACAGUAUAUUUAUAAAUAAACAUCUGUAGACAGAGCUUAUGCAGUAUGUAAAUUUUGCACUGACAAUCUGUCCUCUGCAGAGCAAACAAUAAGCAGAGUAAGUGUGCUAUUUCUAAUCUGUUACUAUGUAAAACAAAUUCUGUCCCAUGUUAGGAAAGACAUUUCUGUAUAUUCCAAAUGAGGCAGACUUGUGUCCAUUUAAAACAUAACUCUUACUCAGGUCUAUGGCGAGGAGGUGCAGUGGCUACAUAGAAAAUCAUGUUUUCAAAAAUGUGUUUUAUUUAUUGAUUGUUUUGUUUCAAGCAUUUGGUCAAUAUUUGGAGGGAAAAAAGUCAAGAGAAAUG